ACAGGCUCUCCGCAAACGGGCUCUGGCGAAGCUUCGGUGACUAAAGGGGAAAUCUGACCAGCCAGGAGAUUCGACAUGAUGCUCUCUACGUGUGCCGCUGCAGUUAUUACGCUAAUGGCGUGGGUUCCCCCAGGUUACGCUCUCUAUUUUCACAUAGGGGAGACAGAAAAGAAAUGUUUCAUAGAAGAAAUUCCAGAUGAAACAAUGGUUAUAGGAAAGUACCGGACUCAGUUGUGGGAUAAGCAGACCGGGUCCUUUCUACCCGCCACCCCGGGUCUCGGGAUGCACGUGGAGAUCAAGGAUCCGGACACUAAGAUCAUCCUGUCCCGUCAGUAUGGUUCUGAUGGUCGCUUCACCUUCACCUCCCACACCCCAGGGGAGCACCAGAUCUGUCUGCAUUCGAACUCCACCAAGAUGGCGCUCUUCGCUGGUGGCAAACUGAGGGUGCACCUGGAGGUGCAGGUGGGUGAGCACACUAACAACUACCCAGAGAUCGCUGCCAAGGACAAGCUGACGGAGCUGCAGCUCCGGGCCAGACAGCUGCUGGACCAGGCGGAGCAGAUCCAGAAAGAGCAGAACUACCAGCGGUACCGUGAAGAGCGCUUCCGCAUGACCAGCGAGAGCACCAACCAGCGUGUGCUGUGGUGGUCCAUCGCCCAAACGCUCAUCCUCAUCAUCACCGGCAUCUGGCAGCUUAAACACCUCAAAAGCUUCUUCGAAGCCAAGAAGCUGGUGUAGCCCUGAGAAAAAGAGCCAAACCUGGAGACACCCCAGACACACCUUAACCCCCGCCCACCCCAGACACAUGGAGAGCAGAUGGAGAACUUCCCUGCCAGGAAUGCAGAGGGAACCUUGGGAAUCUUAAUCACCAAUAUGUGUAUUGUCUAUCAUCAUUGUUUACGUUUGGUCAUUUUAAUGUAUAUGUUGAUGUGGUUUCCUGUGUGUGAACUGCUAAAGAGACGUUACAAUGACUGCAUAGAUGGAGUACCAGUGCCACAUAACCAGCUUCAUGCCAUCGGUAUAGCAGUUUAAUUUGAUGAUGCAUAUUAAAUGCUUUUACAUCACCUGUGACUGUUCUAUUACCUGCUACUGGUGUGUGGUUAACAGUCCUGUUGUUACUCAUCCCAGUCACCCAGCUCUGUCUCAAACCUUCAUCUUGCUGCAGAACCUUCUAGCACAGAAGCAACUCACACAGGUCACAUAGCAUGGAGGAGGGUGGAUGCUAGCUAGCAUGAAGUAGGGUUAGAUGCGAGUUAGCACAAGGUAGGGUUAGCUGCUAGUUAGCAGCAGGUAGGAUUAUAUGCUAGUUAGCAUGGUAGCAUGGGGUAGGGUUAGCUGCCAACUAGCAUGAAGUUGAGUUAGAUUCUAGUUAGCAUGAAGUACAGUUAGAUGCUAGUUAGCACAAGGUAGAGUUAGAUGCAGGUGGACACUCGUUGGAACACAAGUGGGUUCUGUGCUAUGAUAGAUAGAGGACAAACCUGAGCCAUUUAUUAUCAUUUUGUUUUACUGUACAUUUUAGACCAUGUAAAGUGUGAUUUGUUUUAAAUUGUGUGUCGGAUUUCCAUGUCCUCAAUAAAACACUAAAAAUCC